CAGAGAUAUGAGGUUAAAUCUUCAAUGUUUAAGGGUGUACCCUCUUUUCUCAUCCUGUCUACUGCUUCUUCCAUCUGGAUUCUUUUGACUUCUACCUGAACUGCAAAUCUCCUCAGUCCGAUCCAUAACUGUAUGCAACCGAUUCUGUGUAUACCGUAUGUAUGUCCCGACGCAAUGCAACACAAUGGCCUUCACUCUAAACCCAUUUAAAAGUAUAUCUAAGAAUCGAACCGCUUCUUUGAUUCGUCCGGCCGUUCGUCGAAAUGUUUGUACACUCCCCUCAACUUCUCACUCUGCGUUAAUCAGACAGUUCGAAUAUUCGACGUCGUCUUGUGGCCCAAGGGGCGAGACAAAAGGUCAAGUAAACUCCCAACUGGGCCCACACUCCUCGAUCGCCGGUCCCUUCUAUUUCUCACCUUACGGGUUCAUGCGGCACCGCGAGAAGAAGCCGUCUUAUGCGCGUUGCAGGACGUUGAGCCAGGAUGUGGGUUCGGGAUUUUUGAGCCACUAUUGCGCAUCCCGUGGGCCUCGAGGCCUCGGGCUGGCCCGCAAGAUGAUGCAGGACAAAGGUUUGCGUGCCAGAUCUUGGUACCGAGAACCAAACGGUUCAGGGGGGCGAAUCGAGCCCGAGUAUAUCUUCAUAAAAUGGGAUGACAUACGCAAUUGAUGAGAUGAUUCCGGCCAGCGACGGUUCGAGUGCAGAGGAGCAUCUGGAAACUUUGCAGCAAGCAAUUCGUGAGCGUCAUUUUCUCUGACGAAAAGUAUAAAUCCCAUACACUGAGAUGGCACGGGCGUGCACAGGCAAACCAUGGUUGGCAGCGGCUCUGGAAACAUUCUAGCGGGUCUGGUGCUUGGAUCCCAGCAGCAUCUUCCUCAUUCUAACCAGCUUGACACCUGCGAUGGUGGGUCUUCAGACCAGAGUUCAAGAGGCUCUUGAUCAGUGCAUUGAAGUGUUCCAGCGAGCAUCCUUCCGUCUCAGGCUUGGACGCUUCGCCAUUGUUGCAGGAACAGAUACGUGGUCGUAGAGAAGCUCGUGCGCAGCCUAGAUGAUAAGGAGAGAAUCAGAGAUUCAAGAUGGCAUUCGCUGCGUCGUUGCCUCCAUAUCAAUCUCUCCUUCGUACGCAACGGUCAGGUUUUGGGGAGGAAUGAUGGAG